AAGAUUUCAACUUUUUAUUUUAAUAUAUAUAUAUUUUUGCAUAAAGAUUAUGAAUUUGUAUUGUUUUCUAGAUUCUUGAUCUUGGGUAUUUUUUUGUUUUGCUGUUUUUUUUGUUUGAUUUGUUGAUAUAAUAUGAUUCAAGAUUGGCCCUUUAUGACAUUUGAUAUGAUCUCGUAGAACCCUUGUGUUGAAUUGUUGAUCAACAGAAGUGUUGAUCUGUACCCCUUCUGUUGUUAGUAGCUCAAAUGGUUGGUUACGUGAAUGGUGUAUGUUGUUGGUGAGGAGGGUUCAAUUCUCCACCUUGUGAUUCCCCGACUUAUUUCCCCCUCCCUUGCCCAACAACACACAACAUACUUAGUAUAGUUUCACAAGUGGAGUUUGGGGAGGAUAGAGUACUUAGACCUUACCUAAACGGUCUUAUCUUGUUGGUAAAGAGGGUUCAAUUCUCCACCUUGUAAUCCCCCCGCUCAUUUCUACCUUCCCCUACCCAACAACAACAACAACAUACUUAGUAUAGUCUCACAAGUGCAGUCAGUUUGGGGAGGGUAGAGUACGUAGACCUUACCUAAAUGGUCUAUCUUGUUGGUAAAGAUGUUUGAACGUAGACCUUACCUAAACGGUCUAUCUUGUUGGUAAAGAGGGUUCGAUUCUCUAUGUUGUAAUCCCCUCGCUCAUUUCUCCUUCCCCUACCCCAACAACAACAACAACGUGCUCAGUACAGUCUCACAAGUGCGGUUUCGGGAGGGUAGAGUAUGUAAACCUAAACGGUCUGUCUUGUUGGUAAAGAGGGUUUGAUUCUCUAUGUUGUAGUCCCCUCGCUCAUUUCUCCUUCUACCUCAACAACAACAACAACAUACUUAGUAUAGUCUCACAAAUGCGGUCUGGGGAGGGUAGAGUACGUAGGCCUCACCUCUACCUCAGAAGUAAGAGAGGGUUGUUUUUGAUAGACGCUCAGCCCAAAGAAAGCAAAAUCACAAUAUUUUAUGAAUACAUAAGCAAAUAGCAGGACAGUAAUAAAGUAGAGGCGUUCCCUUCCCCUACCCCCAAUUUUAUUAAAGAAAUGUUUUUUUAAAUUGAUAUCUAUUGUAGUUUAAAUCAACAACAACGACAUACUCAGUAUAGUCUCAUAAGUGCGGUCUGAGGAAGGGUAGAGUACUCUGACCUUAAAUGUUGUUUUCAAUAGACCCCCAGCUCAAUGAAAGCAAAAAACUAUUUAUGAAUAUAUAAGCAAUAGCAGGAUGGUAAAAAAGUAGAGGUCCUUCCCCUACCCCCAAUUUUUAAAAGAAAAUGAUUAUUUUUUCUUUGUUGCUGUUGAUAUCUAUUGUAGUUUAAGUCAAUGCCCCAUUGCAGGAUUUCUUUUUUGUUUUUGCAUGGUGGGAUAUUGCUGAAGGAACUUUACAGCUAUUUUUUCAGACAAAAAAAGGGCUUUACAGCUAUUGUUGAUGGAAAGAUAAUUUAUUUUAGCGUCAAUUUGACUUUUAUAUUAAUUUCAAUCAGAUUUGAGUGUACUAGAUGUGGCUCUUAGUUUGAAUAACAGCUAAAAUGUCUAAUAUAACAAACACUAACUAUAUCUUUGAUGGUCUACAAUCAGAAUAUGUUCUUCUUGAUGUAUCUACCAUCUUAGCCAAAUUUGAAGUAGGAACUAUCACUUGUUUUAUGUUUGUCCUUUUCCAUACUGCUCGAAUAUGCGAUACUUAAGCCGGUCUUUCAGAAACAUUCUCUCUAAUUCUACGAGGUAGGGUAAGGUAUACGUACACUCCACUUUCCCCAGACCCCACUGAUGUAGGAUUUCGCUGAAUCUGUUGUUGUUGUUGUUGAACAAUCACUUGUUUCCUUGGAAUUAGUAAGUUCAAGUAAGCGUCAUUAUGAUUCUCGAUUCUUCAUUGGAAUUUGUGCAUUUAUUAAGUGUCAUUAUGAUUCUCGAGUCUUCUUCGAAAUUUGUGUGUAUCUAGGUGCACAAAGCAUCUCAUUGUUGCAGAUUGGAGCGGGAUUAUAUUGGGGUUGUUGUAUGCAAUCUUACUUUACAUUUUGCGAGAGGUUGCAAAAUGUAUGGGGGUCAGUGGAAGUUCAUUUAGUUGUUUGACUACACACUUUUUCGGGGAGUCCUAGGAAUGCUGAAAGAUGUGUUUGUGUGUGUGGAGUUCUAGAAGUGAUCGUCUUGAGGCUUUGGGCUUAAUAGAGUUGCCAGAGAUUGAGCCCAGGUGCUGCGACCAUUGCAUCAUUGUCUGCGCCAAGAUGCAAAUUGCGCGGAGUAGCCGUACUUUUGCAUUAAUAAAUGAUAAUUUCUGCUCGGAUGGUUGAGCGGUGUUAAUUUAUAAGAUUUUGCAUCUAAGUUCUGCUAGAAGGAGAGAUAUAGCUUUGCUUAGCUAGUAGUACUAGGUUUGGUAGAUUUUUUUAUGGCCAAUAAAGGAGGUAUACUGAUGGAGCGCUAUGAAUUGGGCAGAUUAUUAGGUCAAGGCACAUUUGCGAAGGUCUACUAUGCUAGGAAUAUCAAAACUGGGCAAAGUGUUGCCAUCAAAGUUGUAGACAAGGAAAAAAUUCUCAGGGUCGGGCUCAUGGAUCAGAUCAAAAGAGAAAUAUCUGUUAUGAAGUUAGUCAGACAUCCAAAUAUCGUGCAUCUUUACGAGGUCAUGGCGACAAAAACCAAGAUUUAUUUUGUCAUGGAAUAUUGUAAAGGAGGUGAGCUCUUUAACAAGGUGGCUAUGGGAAGGCUAAAAGAGGAUGUCGCACGGAAGUAUUUCCAACAGUUGAUAAAUGCUGUAGAUUUCUGCCAUAGCAGGGGGGUCUAUCACCGGGAUUUGAAACCUGAAAACCUGCUGUUAGACGACAAUGAAAACUUAAAAAUUUCAGAUUUUGGUUUAAGUGCUCUAGUUGAGUCAAAGCGCCAAGAUGGACUCCUCCAUACGACGUGUGGAACUCCAGCUUAUGUUGCUCCAGAGGUGAUCAACAGAAAAGGCUAUGAUGGGGCUAAGGCUGAUAUUUGGUCGUGUGGGGUUGUCCUAUUCGUUUUGUUGGCUGGUUAUCUUCCAUUUCAAAACUCAAAUUUGAUGGAGAUGUAUAGGAAGAUCGGCAGAGCUGAAUUCAAAUGUCCAAGUUGGUUUCCACCGGAAGCCCGGCGGCUACUUUCGAGAAUGUUGGAUCCUAAUCCAAUUACAAGAAUUUCUCUUGCAAAAAUUAGAGGAAGUACCUGGUUCAGGAAGGGAAUUUCUACUUCCUCUAAAUCUACAGCAGUAGACGAAGUAAGCACGGAUCUAGCUUCAACAAAUACAGAUGACAAGCAAGAGGCGGCUCAGAUGCCGAAGUUGAAUGCAUUUGAUAUCAUUACCCUUUAUGCUAAGUUUGAUUUAUCCAAAUUAUUUGAGGAACCUUGUUUAAAGAAAGAAGCUAAAUUCACAUCCCGGAAACCUGCAUCAAUGAUCAUAUCCAAGCUGGAAAACAUUGCUAAACAUCUUAAGAUGAAAGCUAGCAAAAAGGAUGCAGGAUUACUGAGAUUCGAAGGAACAAAAGAAGGAAAAAAGGGAACUUUGAGCAUUGACGUGGAGAUCUUUGAGGUUGUUGAAGAUUUUCAUUUGGUGGAAGUCAAAAAAUCAAAUGGCGAUACAUUAGAAUAUCAGCAGAUAUUGAAUGAAUGCCUAAGACCGGGUCUUCAAGACAUCGUUUGGACUUGGCAAGAUGAUCAGCAGCAGCCUCAGCAGUCAGACGACCAGUUUGAUGAGCAGCAGCGAAAUAAUCAACUUCAGCAGGAACAGCAUUUAGAUAACCAGCAACAACCUCUGGAGCAGCAGCAACUGCUACUCCAAAACCAUCUGAUUCAGCAAGAGCAGUUACCUUGAUUACCCUACACUUCCGUCUUCACAUUUUGUCCUAUAUACAGGGCCUGAGCUAGGUGGAUGCCAGGGGUUUCAAUGAAUCCCCUUCGUCAGAAAAAUCAUACUGUGCAAAUAGGGUAGGCAUAUUACAUACAUAAACACCUUAACUUGGCCUCACAACCUCAACUUGUCCCCCGCCAUGUCUCCUAAGCACCUGACGCUAACGUGGCACAUAAAUUUUGGAGGUGUUUAGAUCAUUUUGUAAGUUCGUAGUGUUCAACUGGCACAAUGGAGUGCAUCCUCUAAGUUGUUGUAUUCAGUUGCCAGUUGUCUCCCAAGUUGAGGCGUAUAUCUAUGCAACUGUUGAAUCCUCUUGACAUAAGGAGCGAAGUCAGGUUAAAAAGUUGCUUUAACUAGCAUGUUCAGAUAUCAGAUGUAGCAUUCGGCAUUUUUUUUGUUUCGAAUUCUGGUGUUAGAAUUUCUGGUUUGUUCAAUGCCUAGCCUAGACGUACAUUUAGUAGUUGAGGCUUCCCAACUCAUGGUUUUGUUUGUACAAUACACAUCUCUCCAAGUGUAAGUGCUUUCUGUUGUCAUGGAUAGUGCACUCUGUGUCCUCAUAAAUGUCUCUGAAUGCUUGUAUCAUUGUUGCAAUUUUCUUAUUCCUUAUCUGGUUGCAACAGUUUGAUGAUUGAAUGGCACAUCUUGCUUCUGAUUUA